AUAUUGCUGAAUUUGCUGUUUCGUUUUUGCCUCCUCGUAGAUCUCGGGAUCAUAACUGAGAGUUGAUGUGCAUGGUUCAGCAUCAUUUAUUCUCUAUUCCACUCGCUAAGUAAAUUUAAACUAGAAUGUGUAGGCUCUGAAUUUGCUUUAUUGUAAAGCAAAUUUAAACUAUAAGAAUUUAACUGAAAAUCAUAUUUCUACUCAUUUACUAUUUUGAAAUAGAAAACCAAUAAUUUGUUGGAUGCCAAAGCUCAAUAUCAAGAAAGCAAAAAAAGGUUAAUUGUUUAAUAACAGGUUUUUUGCAAUAAGUUUAUGACUGUCCACAUGAAUACUUGCAUACCAGGGAUAUAGCUUGUUUUCUAUUAGUAUUAAAUAUGUUAUAUAAGAUUGGUUUAACUAUCUCUUCUGUUAUCGUUUAUAGAAUCCUACGUAUAGAUAUCUACGUGACUUGAUAUGCAAUUUUUCUGUUACAUCAGAAGUUCUUAAAGUAUAGGAUGUUACCGAUCUUAAUUCACAACUGCUGACCUCUCGUCUCUUGCAUUAUGUGCUAACUCUUUUUUGUUUUUUUGAAUUCUUAUGAGUUAGCAGUUGACUACUAGGAUAUGAGCCUAAUGAAACUCCACAUACCGUUACACACUGGACCCAGACUUUGUGGCAGAUUUUGCACAAGGUGUAUUGAAAGUUGAAAUAGUCAAUAGGCGAGCUGUCUGUCAACCCGAGUUGGAUCGAGAUAAAGAAGGUACUCCAACAGCUGAGAGUAGAAAUUAUGCAGUUUCACCCUGAGAAUUGAGCUUGCGUCUGCAUGAAGUUAUUGAAUCCCAACUUGAAGAGCGCAUGAACAAGCUUGAAGUUGCAAUUCAAAACAGUCAGAGGAAAGUCGGAAUCUGAACAUAAGAUUAUGUGGAGGAAAAUGUCGAGGGAUGAGCUAAGAUACUCAUCCGACAUCCGGUGAAGAAAGUCCAAUAACUGAAGACAAUUUCAAUUCCACAUCCCAACCUCUGGUUAUGAAUUUAUCAGGCAAAGCUCUAGAUGUGUACAACAAAGCUUACGAAGAGCUAAUGAAGAUAAAUGAGUCGAAAGAAGAUGAUUCAUCGCCAUCGGCAGUUUAUGAAAACAGCCACGAAAUGAGCAUUUAUCUGUACAAUCAAGAGGGUCAAAGUGGUGCAGCAAAUGGUUCUGCUACUCGUAUGGCAAACAAUAAUAAAGGAGUAUCAAGAGAAUCGUUUAUUGGUCAGUUUAAUGUAGCAAUAGAGCAUAGCCCCGGAAUUCGGAAGUUGUUCUGUCAGGGAAUGAGUCAGGAUGAAAACAGCAAUGGCGAUGGUGUGACAGAGAAGCAAUUGAUAAAGCAAAAUUGUGGAGAAGACCAGGAAAGGCUCUCCAGUAGUGUUAAAUUCACAUUCAAUUGAAAGAACAUAAAGUUUUGCAGUGCACAAAUAUUUAUAGAUUGACAUAGCAUUAGGAAUUCAUCUCCUAUACUUAUGAUAUUCUAAUUUCUGAGAACUAAAGCACUCUACGAGACUACCAUUCACUA